AUGCUGAAAACUUUAAAUAAUUGAGUGCUUUCUUCACUGCCAACAUAGGCAUUUUACAUGUGACCUCAUUCGAAGCUUUCUAGUCCACUUUAAGCUUCGUUUGAAGCAGAAUGAAGCCCACAAGACAGGAACUGUUUUAAGGGGAAAGCAUGUCGACAAAGCAGUUGCAACGUUACUGUACAAAGCUUUCAUAUGCAAUUAUCGACUGCAUUGGUUUACGAUCAGGAAAAUUGGUUUCCAGUGGUUCAACCUGAACUCCUUUCUGAGCGCCCCUACGUUGAUCUCGAAUACGCAUUUGCAAUUGUAUUUAUGCCAGCUUCAAGCUGAAGGUGCGUUCUUUUUU